GUCAAUAAAGGUUAUACAAACAGGAACCGGAACUGACGUUUAGCACCAGCGAGUUGCCUGACUCUUCUCUUAAGCUUUCUUUUGCCCAAAAAAUAAAAAGUCACGAGCAUAAUUAUGAGUUAAAUUGUUUGUUUAUGAGGGAAACAUUUGUUACAGGCUGUGCUUACUUUUCUACCAGCUAAGUGGCCUGUUAAAAUGAACGUCAGUAUUAGUUUACCUUCUUCCUUAGCUUAGCUGCUGCUUUGUGACGCCUGACUCCAGUGAAGCGUCGAAGCUGACUGACUCUGUGAGUGAGUGAUAAUGGCGGAUCCUGCACGGAUCCAAACUGACCGCACACCUGAGAGACCAGCUGCCGGCCAAGAUGAGCAGCCUAAAGCUAAGGCGAGUGAGGACAGAACGUUUCCUGUUCCGGAAAAGACUGUGGACGAAUCAAAGGAGUCGUCCUUGCAAGACCAGCACAAACAAGACGAUUCAUCCGAACCAGCAGUAGCAGAGGAUGAGGAGGAAGGGACUUCAGGUCAGCCUGCAUCUAAAAGACUGAAGGUGGAACCAGAAAAGAAAAAGGAAAAGCGGCAAAAAGUUGAUGAGGAUGAAAUACAAAAGAUGCAGGUUUUGGUGUCAUCUUUCUCUGAAGACCAGCUGAAUCGUUAUGAAAUGUACAGGCGUUCUGCCUUCCCGAAGGCUGCUAUUAAGAGGCUGAUCCAGUCCAUAACAGGAUCCUCGGUGUCCCAGAACGUGGUGAUUGCCAUGUCGGGCAUCUCCAAAGUUUUUGCUGGGGAAAUCGUUGAGGAAGCGUUGGAUGUUUGUGAGACAUGGGGAGACACGCCACCUCUUCAGCCCAAACAUAUGAGAGAGGCAGUAAGGAGGCUGAAGAGCCGCCAUCAGAUUCCCAACACGAAGUACAAAAACAUUCUGUUUCAUUGAGGAGUGCAGCUUCAAAUUACAUAUCAAUGACGACCACACUGGCCCUACUGCGAAAAUGGCACCAUUGCUCCAAGGAAAUGUUACGUCAAUGGUCCGAAGACUCACUGAGCAGAUAUCAAGAUCAGUGUCCAUACUGCUGAAGGAGCUUCGAAAUGAAAACAGCACCUUUCUUGUUCUUGCCACUGUCAUAUGAAUUCUUUGAUGAAACAUUAAGUUCAAUUUGUAUAAAGUUGAAGUAUGGUUGCAAAUACAGUAAAUUAUAUACCUGAAAAUGCUAUUACUGUUUGGCCCUUUAUACUGAAAGUUUAAAUAAUGAAUAUCCACUAUAAAAUGAAUCUUUAUUUUUUGUCAUUGUGAAGCAACUGCAGGAUGCAGGGUUCUGGAGUGUGUGUGGGUGAGUUAGGUGGUGGGUGCAUUAAUGAACCGCUGAAGCACAGUUUAAAUGUCUAUAGCAAGUGCUCAUUUAUUCUGUUAAAAUACUUCACUCACUACUGGUUCACAGAACCAAUUUCAUAUUAGUCUUAAGUGAUAAAGACAUAAAAUGCAAUAUUCUACACAAAUACUGUCCACGGGGUUCAAAACACUUGCAUCAUAGUAAGAUCUUGCAAGGCCUCACCUGUCAACAUGAGUUUAUGUAAAAAUGAGUGAUAAUUCCAGUGACGUUACUCACACAAGUGCAAAUAAAACAACACCAUAACACUUAAGUUCAUGCAUUAGAGAGAGAGAAAAAAAACAACAGGCUUUGCUUUACUGGCCAUCCUGUUUCUGCAUCACACACUUGCUCUGGGGUGCAAAGAUGUGGCGCUAGUCAAGUAAUGAGCAGAUGAAACUCCGUGCUGGAUUGCCUGCUAUACAACAUUGACAGCAGGUAGACUUGAUGUAAUCACUUAUAAAUAGGAGGACUACGAAUGGAUUCCACACCUGUUCUUGUUUUUGGUUGAUCAGUGAUACUGCUUAUAAAUGUAGUAUUCCUCAUCUCAUCUGCUUGGAAGGCAACAGAGUAACAUUGACAUGAGUGCAUUGGUGAGUUACAACCACAAGAGGUCUGCCUUGUACACGUGACGUGACCUGAGAGGUCAGUAAAUUAAUUGCCUCUAAAGGCAAAAUACCACACCACGUAUGACAAUAUAGAAUACAGUUUUUCAACAUUUAAGAAAGUCACGUAUUGAAUGUCAUACUGUACAGUGUUAUGAUGAAUGGUUACGUUGUUAUUCUGCAUUAAACAGAAAAUGCAAGUG